AUGGGGCCCCUGGGCAAUAGGGGAUCAUGGGGCCCCUGUGUCCUCGCCAACACCCAAAAAAGCCUAUAAAAAAGCCAAUGCAAGGUACCAGGGGCAUCUCAUGGGGCCCCCUACUGACCCCAGGCCUUCCAGCAGUGCCAGAGCACUUGAAUGAUCAGCCCAGCCCUGAUCUGUGGCCAUGCAGGGGCGGACUGACAACUCAUGGGGCCCCCGGGCAAUAGGGGAUCAUGGGGCCCCUGUGUCCUUGCCCAAAAUCAAAAAAGCCUAUGAAAAAGGUACCAGGGACAUCUCAUGGAGCCCCCUACUGACCCCGGGCCCUCGGGCAGUGCCCGAGUUUCCAAAUGGUCAGUCCGCCCCUGUUUAUACCUAUGUGCAUUUU